AUGGAAGACCGCCCGGUCCCGCUGGACCUCCCCGAGGUGCUGCGCAGGCAGCUGGAGGACGACUGCUACAGCGUCAACCGCAGGAAGCGGCUCGUCCGCCUCCCCUGCCCCACCAACGUCCUCACCAUCCUGGAGUCGUACGUGAGGCACUUCGCCAUCAACAUGGCCGCCCCCGCCAGCCCGGGGCCUCGCCGCGCCCCGGCCCCGGCCCCCGAGGGCGCGCCCGACCUCCCCGCCGAAAGGAACGUGGACCUGUGCAAGGAGAUGGCGGACGGGCUGAGGAUCGCCUUCGACUCCAUGCUCCCGCGGGUGCUGCUCUACCCCCACGAGCAGGCCCAGUACGGGAGGCUGACCUCGUCCGACCUCUUCCUCCCCGAGAGAGAGCGCGGGGCCAACAGCAGCCCCGGCCCGGGGGAGCCCUCUCCCAGCCCGCCCCAGCUGAAUCCCCUCACGCCGCCGCCCCCCGGGGAGAGCGAGCCGGCCGCCCCCCGGAGGCGCCGGGCCGAGCCCGAGCCGCCCCCGCCGCCGCCGCCGCCAUCGUCGUCGUCGCGGCCCCUGCGACGGUCCGCGCGCCGCCGCCCCGCCAGCCCGGACCGGCUGUCCCAGGACAGCGCCUCGCCCCCGCCCAAGCGCCGGCCGCAGGACUCGCCCUGCAUGCCCAGGCUGUUUCUGCACCUGGAGAAGACCACGCCGGUGCGCGGUGGCUCACCCGACCCCGUCCCCCCGACUCCCAGUAGGGAAGAAGAGGCUGCCCUGUUGGCUGGUCUCGAAGGAGGAGGCAGAACCACCGAAACCAGCAAGGUCCUCUCGUGGAAGCUCGUGCCGGACAGCUACCCCCCAGCCGACCAGCCACCGCCGCCCUCUUCCAUUUACGGAGCACAGCAUCUGCUGCGAUUGUUUGUAAAGCUACCGGAGAUCCUCGGGAAGAUGUCCCUCUCAGAGAGGAACCUGAAGGCCCUACUGAAACACCUGGAUCUCUUCCUGAGAUUCUUGGCGGAAUACCGCGAUGACUUGUUCCCAGAGUCGGCCUAUGUCGCUGCUUGUGAGGUGCACCACAGCACCAGAAAUCCCAAGGCAGUAGUGUAGUAAAGUUCUGAUAGUUCCUGGAGAACAGCUGUUCUUUCUGGUUUUGUGCCCUGGCUUCCAGGUGAAGAACUAAUGGUGAUCCUUCUUUCGGGAGAGGACACACAUGGAUGGUCCCCCCUGUGGAGGCCCUGGCAGAGGCAGGCUUGGGCUUGGUUAUUUGACUUG